CACACUGAGUGUCAAGUGCAAACUUUGUUUCACACAUUUUAAAAAUUCCUCGCCGUGUGAAAUGGGUCGCAAGGUUACAUUAGCGACUUGCUCCUUGAAUCAGUGGGCGUUGGAUUUUAAUGGUAACCUGUCCAGAAUCCUUAAAAGUAUAGAGAUUGCCAAGAAGGAGGGAGCAAAAUACAGACUGGGGCCAGAGCUGGAGAUCUGUGGCUAUGGCUGUGCAGACCAUUUCUACGAAUCUGACACCUUGCUCCACUCCUUCCAAGUCCUGAAGUCACUCUUGGAAUCUCCUUUGACCCAAGAUAUUAUCUGUGAUGUGGGAAUGCCUGUUAUGCAUCACAAUGUUCGAUAUAACUGCAGAGUCAUCUUCCUGAACAAAAAGAUACUGUUGAUUCGUCCGAAAAUGCUCUUGGCGAAUUAUGGCAACAACAGAGAAUUUCGAUGGUUUUCACCUUGGAGUCAACCCAGGCGUGUAGAGGAGUAUUUUUUACCAAGAAUGAUUCAGGAUGUGACAGGACAGUCCACAGUACCAUUUGGAGAUGGGGUGCUAUCCACCAAGGACACUUGCAUUGGGAGUGAGAUUUGUGCUGAACUGUGGAACCCCAGAAGUCCACAUGUUGACAUGGGUUUGGAUGGUGUUGAGAUCUUUACCAAUUCUUCUGCGAGCUACCAUGAGCUACGCAAGGCUGACCACAGGGUCAAUUUGGUGAAAUCUGCCACCACGAAGAGUGGAGGGAUCUAUCUAUUUGCCAAUCAGAAGGGCUGUGAUGGAGACCGCUUGUACUAUGAUGGAUGUUCUAUGAUUGCUAUUAACGGAGAUAUUGUUGCCCGGGGAGCACAGUUCUCACUUGAGGAUGUGGAGGUUGUCACAGCCACUCUUGAUCUGGAAGAUGUGCGCAGUUAUCGUGGAGAGAGAUGUCACCCUCAUAUGGAGUAUGAACACAAACCCUACCAGAGGAUCAAAACAGACUUCUCACUGUCCAGCUGUGGUGAUAUGUGUCUGCCCACACUUCAGCCUGUGAAGUGGACUUUACACACCCCGGAAGAAGAGAUCAGUCUUGGUCCUGCCUGUUGGUUAUGGGACUACCUCAGGCGAAGUGGACAGGCCGGCUUCCUUCUUCCUCUCAGUGGUGGUGUAGACAGUUCAUCAAGUGCCUGUAUUGUGUUCUCCAUGUGUGUGCAGAUCUGCCAAGCUGUCAGCCAAGGCAAUUCUCAAGUGUUGGAAGACGUGCAGCGUGUGGUGAACGAUUCUUCCUACCGGCCCGAUGACCCACGUGAGCUGUGUGGACGUCUUUUCACCACAUGCUACAUGGCUAGUGAAAACUCCUCACAGGACACACGCAGCAGAGCCAACGAGCUCGCGUCUCAGAUCGGCAGCAAUCACCUAAAUAUCAAUAUUGACAUGGCAGUGAAAGGCAUGCUGGGAAUCUUCUCCAUGGUGACAGGGAAGUGGCCUCAGUUUCGUGCUAACGGGGGAAGUCCCAGAGAGAACUUGGCACUGCAGAAUGUUCAGGCUCGUAUCAGGAUGGUUUUGGCCUAUCUCUUUGCUCAGCUCUGCCUGUGGGCUCAGGGGAAACCUGGGGGUUUAUUAGUUCUUGGUUCCGCGAAUGUGGAUGAGAGUUUAACUGGAUACUUCACAAAGUACGACUGUUCCAGUGCAGAUAUUAACCCCAUCGGGGGUGUUAGUAAAAUGGACUUGAAGGGCUUCCUAGAAUACUGUGUAAAACGCUUCCAGCUCACAGCCCUCAUAAGCAUCCUGGAAGCUCCACCCACUGCAGAGCUCGAACCGCUGACUGAUGGGAAGGUGGUCCAGACGGAUGAGGCUGACAUGGGAAUGACCUACUCGGAACUCUCUGUGAUUGGCAAACUCAGGAAGAUCUCCAAGUGUGGCCCAUACAGCAUGUUUUGCAAGCUCAUACACUCAUGGAAAGAAGCAUUUUCACCCUUGCAGGUGGCUGCUAAAGUGAAACACUUUUUUAGGAUGUACUCAAUCAAUAGACACAAGAUGACAACUGUAACACCUUCUUAUCAUGCGGAAAAUUACAGCCCAGAUGACAAUCGCUUCGACCUCCGUCCUUUCCUCUAUAACACACGGUGGGAUUGGCAGUUCCGCUGCAUCGAUGACGAGGUGGCUGUGAUUGAGAGAGAUGGUGGUACUUUGUAGCUGUUACCAGAUCCACACUCCAUUGAUCUGUGGUCUAAAGAUCCAUCCUGUCCAAUGAUGUGGAAGCAAACAUUUAGGAGUACUCUUCACUCCUUUACCAAACUGUACCUCCUAUCACCUGUUGAUAGCUGCGAUGUUAUUGAUUUAAUGACUAAGCGAUUUUAGCAUUGGAUUGCAAAUAAUGUGUUUGAUUAUUGAUACACAGCACUAUAUGAAUGACAGAUAAGGGAACGUUUAUGAUAAACAGAUAGUGCCUGAUAUCCUUUAUUGUGAUUGAAAAAUUUGCUAAGGAAACAAUUGUUUGGAUCAGAUCUGAGGCAUAUAGUGUGAGAGAAGCUGUUAACUAGGGUCAGUUCACACAGAAUGACUGCGACUUAUGCUGUAUUUAAGCAGACAGUUAAAAUUUCCAACAUUAAUUGUUUCAUAUUGAUUUUUGAUCAUGUCAACCUAUUUUCAGAGGUGGACAGUAAAUGGAGUAAAUUUACCUGAGUACUGUACUUAAAGGGAUACUUCACCCAAAAAUGAAAAUGAUGUCAUCAUUUACUCACCUUUGAGUUGUUCCAAAUGUAAAUAAAUGUAUUUGUUCUGAUGAACACAGAGAAAGAUAUUUGGAAGAAUGCUUAUGAUCUCAACACCCAUUGACUCCCAUAGUAGGAAAAAUGACUAUAUCAUUUUUUUGUUCUGUUGUCCACGAAGACAUUUUGAAGAAUGUAGGACAGCAAACAGUUCUGGGGCACUUUUGACUAGCAUUGUUUUUUUCCUACUAUGGUAGUCAAUGGGUGUUGAGCUCUGUUGUAAGCAUUAUUUGGUUAUAAUCAUAUGCCAAGCUAACUACAAGUAGCGACGCUGCUAACUCAACUACAUUUUUCAGUAUCUUGGCGGAAGCUGAACUACUUUUAAAACAGUUUAGCUUUUCCAGUUGUUAAUUACUUUUUUAAGAAGGAGCGGUGUAGCGCGACCAAAGUUAUAAUUACUUUUUUAAGAAAGUAGCGGUGUAGCGCGACCAAAGCUAUAUUCCGUUCUGCUUUAAGAGCAGCGCUGUGUAACGUAUUUACUGUAUCACAAACUGAAGUGGUUCAUUAUAGCCAUCUACAGCAGUUGCUAUGUAUAGCGGUUUUACGCUUCACUGAGAAGAGAUUGUAAAGGACGUACAUGAGUGGGUAAAUAUUUAAAGUUCGAAACACCCAUCCUAUUUAGUAUUAAAUAUGAAUCUUACGAAAAUAAUAAAUAAACAAUACAAUGAUAAUGG